AUGGACAACAUUUCCGAAAUUGUCGAAAGACUGGGCAGUGACGAAGAUGCCGUCCGGAAAAUGGCCGUCUUCAAAUUGCAGAGCCUUAUUGGGGAUCCUUCCUUUGCAGAUGUCUUCAUUAUGGAAGGUGGGCUGGUCAAACUACGAUUCCUCACUUUACAUACAAGUGGAAAUACCCUAGCAUAUAGCCUAACCAGCCUGGCUAGACUGCUUGAGGUGGAUAAAGGGUGGGAUUUUAUAAAUCAGGAGGUGGUCGAGAGGAUUGUUGAGCUCAUCGUAACUCACCCACUUGUUAACAUCCUGCGCGGCGCAAUGUCUAUACUCGUUUCGAUUGUAUCACACCCUCAGACUGGAAGUCGCAUAUCACAAAGCGGCGCUUUUGGCUUUCACGCUCUUAACCCUGCCAUCGCCGCCUAUCCGCAGUUUCUGGAAAUGCUUGUCAGUCGGUUAUCGUCAGCGGACCAUGCCCUGUGCGCUAAUGCGCUUCAACUGAUAAACUCGCUCAUGCGCGAUUCCAUUACGAAUGACUCGGCAUCUCAAUGGCCGAAGUUUAUACAAAAAUUACAAGAUCUUGGUGUUAUCAAGGCCGUAUAUGCACUGAUGCAAGGGACAAGUUUGCAGGAUCACGCCCACCCUCUAAUAGAGUUCCAAUCUCUCACCAAAGUCCUUCUGAGAAAGUGGCGAGAUAUUCCUCUGGAUAUGGAGAAUGCGGAACAUAGGAGAGCGCUGAAGGGGAUACAUCUGGCUAGUCAACCGGAGAGGAAUCUGGACAAAGGGAAUGAUGGUGCGACCGAGAUGCGGCGGUCCAAGAAGCACAACACAGACAAAUGGAGGCGGCUUGGAUUUGAGUCAGAAAGUCCAGUCAUGCAGUUUGAAAAAACGGGCUUCUUAGGAAUGAUGGAUCUCGCCGAUUACGUUAGAAGCCAUCAGGAUGAAUUCCAGAAAAUGCUCCUAGAGCAAUCGACCAAGCCAAUUCAGGAACGGUGUCCGAUUGCUCGGGCUUCCUUAUCUGUCACCUCCGUCUUGUACGAGCAUUUUGAGGUGGACAAGUCCGAUAUAGAAGAUGCCAAAAGCUAUCUGAUCUUGGAGUCUCGCUCAAAUCUUGACAAGCUGUUUAACCCUCUACUGCUGCAUUGGACCCGGCUUCAUGUUGCGGGAGUACAUGCAUUUUUCCGAUUAUGGAAGGCAACUGGAGCGGAGGUUGAAGACUAUGACAAAAUUGUUGAGCUUGUUCGUAUUCUCAUCGAAUCUGCUGUCGGUGGGGCGUCUCGAACUAAAGACGUGCAAGAUGUGGAAGAGGAGCUUGCCGAUUUCGAGUAUAAUCGUCUCCGUGAGCUGCAGAUGGAGUUAUUGGAGCUCACUUAUGAAGACGUUUGGGGUCAGCAUCUACGACAGGUGCGGGAGGAACUGCACAAUGAGGUUCUUCAAUUUAUCAAAGAACAAAGGAUUCGGUGUCUGUUACAAGGCUGUUGGUUUCCGAACGAGGGAGCGUCCAAGUCAGACAUAAUUGCGCCGAAAGAGUCUUCGUGGAAAUUCGUUCAACUUUCACAUAACCGGAGGUUUAUACAUUUCGGCGAUUUCGACUCGAGAGGAAACUGCAACCCAGAGCUUGAUACUCUACCAGAGAAGAUCGAUCUGUCAGUUGUGUCUUCGGUGGUCUCCAAUGUUUCAGCGUCAUCCAACAACUCGUCAUCUUCAACUAUAAAGAGCAUGUUGCAGCAUCCUUCCACGAAAAUCACCAUUCAUGGGUAUAUGCAACCGCAUUCAAUGCCGGGCGAAUCUAAGAAAAUAAGCAGCCACGAUCGUUCAAUCAGCAGAACAACACAAGGCGAGACUGUCUUACUGAGCCUUCGUCCGCAGUCCCCUAGUAUCGCCUCUGAGUGGCUCGAUGGCUUGCUCAUGCUUCUCGGCCAACAGCCCAUCACCUCAGAAACGGGCAAAUUGGUGAAGUUCGACGACGCCGUUUUUGCAGGCGAAGCUCCUCACGUUCCGUCUCGUGAAGGUCUUGAUGACGACUAUUACUAUGACCUUUUCGGGGGCAGUUAA